UCGAUCCAGUACGUGAUGUUUACAUCCCCUCGAUUAUUUCGGUGCCCCAAACAAACUUUUAUUCGUCGGUAUUCGUAGUAAUAAUCACAACGUACCGACGAUUUUUCUACGGAUAUACAAAUUACGUUUUUUAUAUAAAUAAAUGUACAAUGGUAUGUGAUGGACGCGAGGGAUGUCCAUGAUAUGUAAAAAGUGAAAUAAUCGUUCGAAAAAAAAUUCUAACCAAUAACCUGGACAUGUCAUCUGUCGUUAAACCCAUGAAAUUCGACUACCUGACGAACAAGGGGGUGGAAAAAUUCAUCUUCUCGGACGAUGACGAUAAUGAUUUUGAUUUCAAGUACGUCCCACCGGAGCAGUUCAAGCACAUCCUGAAGGAUGUCCGUCGUCAGAGAUCCCAGAGGAACGAUGAAAAACUCUGGUCAGACUUCGUGACCCAGAGAAUCCCCUUGGAACCCCUGAAACAUCCCCUGAAGUCCGACCUCUCGGACAUAAACCUAGAGAGUUUUCCCCCAGUGGCAGAGACGCAGAGGAUCUCUAAAUCCACAAGGAAAUCUCGAGUGCCAGCCCAGGAGUCCAAAGACCUCAGCAGAAGGAGCAGCAUAACAUUCGUCUCGCAAGACGACGAUGACGACGACGUGUCAACCCUGGAGAGAUCGCCAGUGUCAAAAUUGGAUGUCAAAUCCAAGCACUCGAGCUCCGAGAGCACCAUAAAGUCCACCCACAGGAAGAAUCGACUCCUUCGAAAAGUGAAUCGUCUCGAGUGCAAUUCGAGCCCUGACCUGAGCUCCCAGUACGAAUCCGGAGAUGACGAGGAAUUCCUGGAGGUUCAGCCACAUCCAGUGAUUGCCCAGAAGAUCCUAGGGCUUCAGGGGAGGAUCUCAGAGAUCCUGGAUGAUAUCUCCUACAGACUCUGCAGAAUCCCUCGACCUGAUGGAGAGAAUGACCUCAAGAGGAGGCAGAAACGACUGGUCGAAUUUGGGAUUCGAUUCUCCAGGAAUUAUCUCUACGAGCUUGGAAGACAGGUGGGGGACAUUCAGAAGCACCUCAAGGCUGUCCUUGAGGGAAAAGGCAGGAGGGGAACUAUUCUUCAUAUGCAAGCCCUUGAGCAGAAACUGUGCGCCUCCCAUCAGCUUCUCGUCUGUGCUCUCAAUGCUUACUGCAAUCACAUCCCCAGUUCUGUACUUGAGGAAUAUCCUGGAAAGCUCAAGGAGAUUCUUGGAGUCGUUGUUGAAUUAAAGGACGCCUGUGGAAAGAUUAACAUCACUGCUGAUGGUGUUGGAGGCGGAGACACUGGCUCUCAAGGUUUGGGUAACGACUUGCAGAGCAGAUGCUAUGCAAUCCUCUCAAAACUUCGGCUGCACUCAGACAGUGAAUCUCAAUUAUUCAGUGCUCGACAGUCAGUAGUAACAGGACCUUUUGGUUCUAACGUAAAGAGACAGAAUGGCUUGAAGGGCUUUCCUAAUCGUUUGAGCAUGUACAGCAUGGAUUCCAAAUGUCCAAAGACCCAGAGGCAACGUAGACCUGUUACAGUUGGAGUUUGUCCAAAAGAUAGAGGUAUUCCUAGAGUGUCUCUAAAUAAUCCCCCACCAACUCCUGAGCAGAUCUACACUAAUUCCGUUGGUCGAAAAUCGUCAAAGGAAUCCACGAGGAAGAGGAGUCAUGGGGUUCAUGGAGAUGACAUUAAAACAAUGAUGGAUAUAAUUGCACGUGAAGCGGAAACGGCUAGAAAUAGCAGUGAUCUUGGUAAUGUGGAUAAUUUUGGAAUGAUGAAUCAGGGGAGUCGGUGUGUGUCAAGGAAAUUUCACCCUGUUACAUCUAAUGAGAGCAAGAUUAGCAUCAGGAGGCGUGCCAAAAAUUUGGGAAAGAAUUCCAAGACUUCCGUUAAAACGAGCAAAACCAGCGUCAAUGGAAUUGACGAGGGACACGGUGCGGAUGAACGACUGGCUAAUUUGGUUCCUGUUAUUGCUGAUCUCAUGAGUUUGGUGGCGAACAAGCGGAAUAAUGGAGAGAAAAAGUCUGAGUCAUCGAUGACAAGUUUACUGGAGAUUAUAAAUAAUUGUCAACAAUCGAAUAGUAAUUGUACCACGAGGUCUAAAACCAAUGGUCGAGCCUCUGAUUCCAGAUUAUCUGAUGCUCGCACAGGCCCUGAGAACAUGCAGUUGAUCUGCCUGUCCCAGAAUGACGAAACCACGUCAAAAUAUAUGGAUGCAUCUUGUCAAGUGACUCAGGAAAAUUCAAGACUGAUUGAGAGAAAAGACUGCGGCUUGACUGAGCUGAUUGUGUCUGACAGAUCGUCUCAGGUGCUGAUGAAGUACAGGGAUGAGUACAACGCCUCAUCCCGAUCUAGUCCAAUGUACACGAGCAAUAGUCCCAACAAACCCUGGGAGGUUGUCGCCUGGAUUGCCGAUAAAUUAGUCGACGAAUUGAUAGUCAAUAUCUCCAAAGAGCUCCAGAUUGAUGACAUAAUUAAAAAACUUUUUGAAUUGGAAUUCUUGGAAUUUUAGAGGAUUAAAUAUAUCAUUUUUCUCGAUGAUAGAGUCAUUUCGAUAAAUCUAUACUUGAGGAAUAAAGGGAGUGGAUGAAAGAUGACAUGAGUUUAUCGAUAUUAUCCUCUAUUAUUGGCAGCAAAAAAAAUUAGAUGGAUAAUUUGAGUUUUUGUUGUGAUAAAUGAUUUAUUUAUUUUUAUUCUGCUGUAUCAAGUGAUCUUGGCAGCCUCCAAACAGCUUCCAGAGAUGGAGCCACACAAUUCCUCAGGUAUUUCCAAUGAUAAUUAUGAUUUUCUACGCAAGGUCAAGCCAGGUCUCAGUUGAGUUUUUGGGGGCAGAUUUUCCAAGAAUUAAGCACCCAUACUUUUAUGGUACGUAUGAAUAGUACGUGAUCCUCGAUGCGUGCACAGUGCAAGUGAAAUGCAAAUGCAAAAUGCCGAUUGGGAUAAAUUCAAUUGCACUGGAGAGAAAUAAAUCGCAGUAAUAAAUCAGACGUAAUACUAAUUUGCAGUUAUUGCGGUCUGUGGGGAAUGAGUCUGUGGUAGUUAAUCAGCACUUGGUCAACACAGAAGUCAUCAUCGAAGAUCCCUGGGGUACAUAAAUGACUGAGUGAUCGGUUAUUUCGAGGGAGUCAUGAAACGUCGGAAUAAUAUUGAAGUUACGAAUAUAAUUAUCUCGGUAAAUUCAAAGUAAUUCACUUUGGAGGGAACUGCGAUUGGAUAUUUUCUCGGAUAUUGCGUCAUCGCAGACGUACGUGGGGAAUAAUUAGUGAAAUCUCACUAAGAACAAC